AUGGAGGCACCGCUAUUUUCCAACUUAGAAGAACAGGAUGAUGAUUCUUUCUUUAACUAUCUCAGCAGUCUUUCUCCUUUAAAGACAUUGAACUCACUUCCCAUGGAUUAUCCUCUUUUCACAUCACCCGAUGUGACUUUUUUUGAGGAUUCCACAUUCUUCGAUUCUAGGGAUAAUCUUUUGGAUACAUCAAACCCUCAAGUUUCGUGCGAGAAUGUAAAUAAAAUUUAUUCACAUGAAAAAGUGCCUACUUAUUCUACUAAUUUAUCUCAUGAUUCAACUGAGUCAUCUAGUCAAGAAGCUGUGCAAUAUGGUUGUUGUAGCCCAGAAGAUCAUCCACUAAUCUCAAGGGAUGAUGUUAACUACCUUCUUGGAUUACUUGGCAUGCAAGAACCAAAUGGUACCAAUGUCAAAGAUUCAAUUGAGGCAAACACUCAAGUGCCAGAUUGUGAUUACAAUAGCUUAAUUAGUACAACACAAUCUUUGAUUCCUUUACCACAAUCUACCACUAACAGUAGUAAUUAUACAAUGCAUACUGUUGAUCCACCUGCUUCUACUUCAAUACAUGAGUCUGAAAAUAAUCCUUAUGAACCAAUACCUGCCACUUACAGAAAUCAAACAUGGAACAAUCUUGCCAAUUUCGCUUUAAUGGAUAGCAAACCAAUUCAGACAGGGAAUGAUGAGCUUGUGCGUAUUAGACACAGUAUACAAAUGGGCUUUCUGGAUUAUGACAAGACCCGUUAUACUUCAAACAUCACUUCCUGUUCUUCAAAAUCUGGUGAGAAGAAUGCUAGUAAUGAAACUGGUUUUGCAAUUCCAGCCUCAAAUCAUUACAGAGGCAUAGAAAAUGAAAUGACGUUUUCCAGAUGGAAUCCUGAACUGCCGAGCUGCAAUUCUUCCUUGCAUCUUUCUGAAAGCCACCUAUCGCAGCUCUCCGCAUCAAUGGAAAAUCAUUUGGGGCCAUCUGAUAAUGAAGUUCAGUCUACAAAAAAUUUCACUAAGUUUUUAGUUCACAUCACGGGUGAAGAUUUCUGCGGUAGUACCCUCAAAAUGGAGAGUAAACAGUUGGAUCCUCCAAACAUGAAAAGGAAGAGGAAAGGUCAGAUUGAUGUAGGUGCUUCUUGUUCUAAACAUGAAAAGGAAGAGGAAAGUGCUGAUUUCGGUCAGAGUACCCUCAGAAAGAAGAGGAAAAUCCACAAAUCAGGUCACUGUCAAUGUAGAAAAGCAAGCUGCCUGAGGAAAUAUUGUGAAUGUUUUAAGGGUGGUGUUGGUUGCUCCCCAAGUUGUAAGUGUCAAGGAUGUGAGAAUAUAUAUGGUAGAAAGGAUAGGGAGGCACAAACAAAAUCGGAGCUUGAAGAAACAGAAGCAUUACAGAUUUGCAGACCAUUGGAAAGAUGUAGUGGCAGCCAAAAGAAAGAACUUGUGGAAUGAAAUGCUAUUGGAUGAGUCUAUUCAAAUGAAAAUAUAAAAUGAAGGCACAUGCAGUUACAACUUUAACAGAAUGAUAUUUUGUAUAGACUUACAAUGAUAUUUUGUAUAGACUUACAAGCAUUUCAUACAAUAAUAUUUUCGAAAGUUGGCUG